AAUUCAAAGAUAACAGAGCGUGAACUUCACACGUGCUGAUGUGGAAAUACUAACAAAUGACAAAAUGCCACGUUGCUUUCUACUGGAAAUUAAUCAAAUUAGAAUUUUUAACAAAAAGCCAAAAAAAAAAAAAAAAAAAAAAAAAAAAAAAGUGAAAAAACCCCAUGGUCGUCUUCUCCAAACGGACACCAACCAACCCUUUCACAGGUUUCCAAAUGCAGCAGCUCCAUCACCUAGGACCAACCAGUUGAAUUUUUUUUUUCCAUUGAACUAUUCUCAACAACACCAUCUAAAACUCCAAUAUAACAUCACCGAUUCCAUUUUUUUCUUUCAAAGUUCUGGUUUACUUUUGAGCUUUUGGGUUCUAGGUUUUAAAAUUUGUAUCUUGAUUUUUGAUUUUGGAAUUUCCUGCUGAAAUGAAUUAGGUUUGAGAUUGUGGUCGUGGUUUCUGAUUUGAGAAAUCUAACUCAAGUUUUGGGAUGACCGGUCGCUAUCUCUGUUUGUUGUGAUUGACAGGCUUUCUAUCAUCUCCUUAGACCUUGAUCAAAUGAAGCUAGCACACUUCAUUCUCAUUGUUGAACUGGUACGGAUUGUUGUGCUCCCUUUGUCAUCACUAAGGAUUUAGAUUUCUUCAGUCUCGUUUGCUUUAGCUUUUAAUGAUUGUAUGCAACUCUCCUUAACAGAACCCUUCUCACUGUUGAGUUUGCCACCGGAGACGCCAUUAAUGCCGAUGAGAGGUCAAGAAAGCGCCGAGAAAUCAGAAAAAAGAGGGACGGAGGCCGGUGGCAGAUCUUGUAAGGAAAUAGGCAUUCAAGGCAGUAGCAAGCGGAACAGAGAAAUCAGAGAAAAUGUGAAUUUUCAAUGAAAGAAAAAAGAAAAAGUUCACGCCCCUAAAAGAAGGGCAACAGUUGUUAUUUAGGACGUUGACGGAAACAUGUAAAUUAACACCAAAUGAAAGGUAACUUAUUCAGUUGGUCUUCUUAGCAAAUGGCACCUGCAAAACAAGUUAAAGUGAUCAGAGAAUUUAAGAAGCAGUCAUCACAGUUGGACAUGACAAUUGAGAUGAUGUCAGAAUCCGUUGAUGAGACUUUGGAUAAAGAUGAAGCUGAAGAAGAAACUGAGGAGCUUACAAACCAGUUAUCUUCAACUCCAAAAGGUCGGAUAUCGAAGUCAAAAAUGUUCCCCCCCCCCCCCCCUCCCACACCCAGGUAUGUGGAACUGAUUUAUAACGUCAUACAUAUACUAUCUGAUGGACUUAGGUCGGAUUUUUUCUCUACAAGUUGUCGAGCAACGUUUCUUCAGCAUUUCCAUAUCAAACUAUCUGAGUCAAUUCUCAACUAUAGGCAUAGUAUGUCUUCUUUGAUACUCUCUUUCUGUUCUCUGGUUAUACUCCCCUUACGUCUGAUCUUACAUCUGAUCAUGAUGGUUAUUUAUACUGCUUUUACCAAAUACUGAUUAUGACAUUAUAUUGGUGCAUGUACUGAGCCAACCUAGAAUUUCCCCCGAUUGUUUUAGCUCUUCAUUCUAUUAAACAUGAAAUUAAUAUGAAGUUUUUCUUGGAACAUGAAGUUUGUUAUGUUCUUUCUGUUUGAUUUUUGGCAUUACGAGUUAUGUUGAUUCUGUUAGUUCACCUAACAAUUCUUCCUAUGUAUGUGAAUGCAGUUCUGACUCUGCUGCGGAUGUUGAUGAACGUGAGAAGAGGUUGGCCUCUCUUCGAAGAAUUUGAUGAAGAACGUGCAUAUUUGUGACAGCUUUUAUAUCUGAUCCUUGUAUAAGUUCGCUUUAGAAUUAAAAAUAUAGUAUGUACCAUGAUACAAAUUCGUAUUUCUCUGACUAUUUUUCUAUAGCACCAAACAUCAAUAUGCAUGCAGUAAUUUCUUUGGGUUUUA